AUGGCAGCCCAGGCAGCUCGUGUAUCUAGGCAGCGGGCAGCCACUCAAGGUCUUGGCUCCAACCAAAAUGCUUUGAAGUACUUGGGCCAGGAUUUCAAGACCCUGAGGCAACAGUGCUUGGACUCAGGGGUCCUAUUUAAGGACCCCGAGUUCCCAGCAUGUCCAUCAGCUUUGGGUUACAAGGAUCUUGGACCAGGCUCUCCACAAACUCAAGGCAUCAUCUGGAAGCGGCCCACGGAGUUGUGUCCCAGCCCUCAGUUUAUCGUUGGUGGAGCCACGUGCACAGACAUUUGUCAGGGUGGUCUAGGUGACUGCUGGCUUCUGGCUGCCAUUGCCUCCCUGACCCUGAAUGAAGAGCUGCUUUACCGGGUGGUCCCCAGGGACCAGGACUUCCAGGAGAACUAUGCGGGAAUCUUUCACUUUCAGUUCUGGCAGUACGGAGAGUGGGUGGAGGUGGUCAUUGAUGACAGGCUGCCGACCAAGAACGGACAGCUGCUCUUCCUACACUCGGAACAAGGCAAUGAAUUCUGGAGUGCCCUGCUGGAGAAAGCCUAUGCCAAGCUCAAUGGUUGUUAUGAGGCUCUCGCUGGAGGUUCCACGGUGGAGGGGUUUGAGGAUUUCACAGGUGGCAUCUCUGAGUUUUAUGACCUGAAGAAACCACCAGCCAAUCUAUAUCAGAUCAUCCGGAAGGCCCUCCGUGCGGGGUCUCUGCUAGGCUGCUCCAUUGAUGUCUCCAGUGCAGCCGAAGCCGAAGCCAUCACCAGCCAGAAGCUGGUUAAGAGUCAUGCGUACUCUGUCACUGGAGUUGAAGAGGUCGAUUUCCAGGGCCAUCCAGAGAAGCUGAUCAGACUCAGGAAUCCAUGGGGUGAAGUGGAGUGGUCGGGAGCCUGGAGCGAUGAUGCACCAGAGUGGAAUCACAUAGACCCCCAGCGGAAGGAAGAACUGGACAAGAAAGUUGAGGAUGGAGAAUUCUGGAUGUCACUUUCGGAUUUCAUGAGGCAGUUCUCUCGGUUGGAGAUCUGCAACCUGUCCCCGGACUCUCUGAGUAGCGAGGAGCUGCACAAAUGGAACCUGGUCCUGUUCAACGGCCGCUGGACCCGGGGCUCCACAGCUGGGGGCUGCCAGAACUACCCAGCCACUUACUGGACCAAUCCCCAGUUCAAAAUCCAUUUGGAUGAAGUGGAUGAGGACCAGGAGGAGAGCAUCGGUGAACCCUGCUGUACAGUGCUGCUGGGUCUGAUGCAGAAAAAUCGCAGGCGACAGAAGCGGAUAGGACAGGGCAUGCUUAGCAUCGGUUAUGCCGUCUACCAGGUUCCCAAGGAGCUGGAGAGUCACACGGAUGCACACUUGGGCCGGGAUUUCUUCCUGGCCUACCAGCCCUCAGCCCGCACCAGCACCUACGUCAACCUGCGGGAGGUCUCUGGCCGGGCCCGGCUGCCCCCUGGGGAGUACCUGGUGGUGCCAUCCACGUUUGAGCCCUUCAAAGACGGCGAGUUCUGCUUGAGAGUGUUCUCAGAGAAGAAGGCCCAGGCCCUGUCACAGAGAGAAAGGGAAACAGGAGACCAGCAGUGGCCUGGACUGGGGCUCCCACCUAUGCAGGAGGAGCAUGUGAGGCCCCGAGAGCGGGACCUGGACCAGAUAUAUGUGCUGCUGAACUGA